CCCCGAUCCGCAGCUUUGUCGCCUGCAGGCCGUCCGGCACCAUGCACUCGCCGGGCUCCACCGGCCCGGGCGACGCGCGCGCGGCUGACAUCAUGGACAUCUGUGAGUCCAUCCUGGAGAGGAAGCGGCAUGACAGCGAGAGAUCCACAUGCAGCGUCCUGGAGCAGACAGACAUUGAAGCUGUGGAGGCUCUUGUUUGCAUGAGCUCUUGGGGGCAGAGGUCUCAGACGAGACCCCUCACGCCGGUCUCUGAUUCUGGUGAUGUCACCACCACCGUGCUUAUGGACACAGCUGCACCUGAUCUACCAAAGGACUUUCAUUCUUUUUCAACUCUGUGCAUAACUCCUCCUCAGAGCCCAGAGCUCAUGGAGCCAUCGACAGGGACCCCUGUUCCUUCCCAAGUAACUAAUUCCAAAGGAUGCAUGGUCACCGCCCUCCCCCCAUCCCCUACUGCGGCCACCGGAGCACUGAGCAGGAGGGAGCCAGUGGAGCCAGCCUCAGGGUCCUCCUGCAGGGCUGUGAUGACAAGUGUGAUCCGGCACACCGGGGAGGGUCCUGCUCCUCCGUGCUUUCCAGCCGCCCCAACUCAAGAGCAACAACCGCCUGACAGCGGAGAGGAACAAGGAGGGCUGCCGGGCCAUCGGGAAGCUUUGCAGGACACACGCUUGGCAGAUGGUUUACUUGUUACUAACUCAGUUUCCUGUCAGCCUUGCUUGCACAACCCUGGUGUCCCGUUCCCCACCUACAAAGACCAGCAGACAGGAUGGCCGGCUGCCAUUCAGCCCUGCUCACCAAAGAAUUCUGAAAGUGACUUGUCAAGGAAAACCACCCCUCUGAUUUCCGUCCCUGUCUCCAGUCCCCCGGUCCUUUGCCAAAUGAUCCCCGUGGCUGGACAGAGUGGCAUGUUCUCAGCUUUUCUGAAGCCUCCUCCCCAGUUGUCUGCAGGGAUUGUCAAGCCCAUCCUGCCCCAAGCUGCUCCGGCGCCCCAGCCUGUGUUCAUGGGCCCGUCUAUGCCUCAGGGAACUCUGAUGCUGGUCUUGCCACAGAGCACCUUUCCCCAGCCUGCUGCCUGCCCAUCCGGUGUCGUGGCCAUCGGGAAUACCAAACUGUUGCCCCUGGCCCCUGCUCCGGUGUUCAUCGCCUCCAGCCAGAACUCUGCCCCUCAGGUAGACUUUUCCCGAAGGAGGAACUAUGUUUGCAAUUUCCCGGGCUGCCGGAAGACCUACUUCAAAAGUUCCCACCUGAAGGCUCAUCUUCGCACCCACACAGGGGAGAAGCCCUUUACCUGCAGCUGGGAUGGCUGUGACAAGAAGUUCGCCAGGUCCGAUGAACUGUCUCGCCACCGCAGAACUCACACGGGGGAGAAGAAGUUCGUGUGUCCUGUGUGUGACCGGCGCUUCAUGCGGAGCGACCACCUGACAAAGCAUGCCCGGCGCCACAUGACGACCAAGAAGAUCCCCGGCUGGCAGGCAGAGGUGGGCAAACUGAACAGAAUCACCCUGGCGGAGAGCUCCGGGAGCAUCCUCGAGCCCUUGCCGGCCUCGGGCUGAGAGGUUCUGCGGCGCCCAUCACCGUGGGCCUCCUCUUCCACCUCUUCAGGAAUGGGGAGUGGGACCCGUGUGUUCCUCCCCAAAAAACA